AUGGGUUCCACGGAUCCAACACCCCAUUCAUACCCGGUCCCACCGGCUGGAGUGUACGCGCCAGCCGUCACCUUCUUCGAUCCUAGGACGGACACUUUACUACCCGAACAGCAGGGGCAAUACUAUGCGUACCUAGCGAGCAGUGGCCUUCGUGGUCUAGUGAUACUUGGCACAAAUGCAGAGACCUUCCUGCUCACCCGAGACGAACGAGCAGCACUGUUGCGAUUAGCGCGCAAGUCGGUGCCAGAAGGCUAUCCCAUCAUCGCUGGUGUUGGUGGCCAUUCAACAGCACAAGUCCUAGAAUAUAUCUCAGAUGCGCACGCUGCAAGAGCAGACUAUGUCCUUGUCCUUCCAACUGCGUACUUUGGCAAACAAACCACGCCCAGCGUCGUCCACAAUUUCUACGCAGCAAUUGCGAAAGCUUCUCCUCUUCCGAUCCUCAUAUACAACUUCCCUGCAGUAUGCAAUGGACUUGAUCUGGACUCGGACGUCAUUGGAGGACUGGCUCAGGAGUUCCCAAAUAUCGUGGGAGUUAAAUUGACUUGCGGCUCGGUGGGAAAGAUUACACGCUUGUCUGCAACAUUUCCACCUGAGCGCUUUGCAAUCUUUGGCGGGCAGUCAGACUUCCUGGUCGGUGGGCUGGCAGCAGGCUCGGCUGGAUGCAUUGCAGCGUUUGCAAACAUUUUCCCUAAGACAGUCGUUAAGAUCUUCGAUUUGUGGAAGAUGGGCAAGCAUGACCAGGCAUUGGCAAUGCAGAGAAUGUCUGCCCAUGCCGAAAACCCCACCAAGGCAGGCAUUGCCACAACCAAGUACGCUGUUAGUCAGUUCAGUGCGAAGAAGGCCGGCAUUCAGGGUGACUUGGAGGCCGUGCUGCGGCCUCGGCAUCCGUACGAAGAGCCUAGUCAGGCGGUCAAGACCAAGAUCGUAGAAGCGAUGUUGCCUCUAGAUGAGGUCGAGAAAUCGCUAUGA